AGACACAAAGUGUCUGUGUGUGUCUGUGUUGGCUUGGUGUACACUUGGGAUAACCUAUGUUGGUGUACUCCUAGUUUAAUUCUAUUCACUUCUAUCACAUGUUUAGUGAUAUUGAGGAGAAAGGCAGUGUUAAUCCACUGUUCCGGCUUGCUAAGCUGCGUGAGAGGAAGGCCCGAGAUCUAGACCACGUGAGAUGCGUGAAGGACAGCGAUGGUAGAGUGUUAGUUGAGACUGCCAAGGUGGCUAAGCGCUGGGGGGAGUACUUUGUUGAACUCUUAAAUGCGGGAGGAGACCAGAGGCUAGUUCUUGAUGAGUUGGGACAUCUUGGGGCGUCUCGUGUGUAUUGCCGGCGCAUUUGCCUGGAAGAGGUGGUUCGGGCUCUACGCGUGAUGCGUAGUGGGAGAGCUUUGGGACCAGAUGAGAUUCCGGUGGAGUUUUGGAAGCAUGCGGGUCGUGGUGCGUGGGUUUGGUUAACCAAACUCUUCGAUGUUAUCCUCCGGACAGCAAGGAUGCCUGAUGAGUGGAGGGAGAGUCUCUUGGUCCCUCUGUUUAAAGGCAAAGGUGACAUUCAGAGCUGCGAGAAUUACAGAGGCAUCAAACUGCUUAGCCACACCAUGAAGGUUUGGGAGCGAGUCAUUGAGUAUAGGGUGCGGAAAGGGGUUUGCAUCUCUGAGAACCAGUUUGGUUUCAUGCCUGACAGAUCGACUACAGAGGCCAUUCAUCUCGUGAGGAGGUUAAUGGAAGAGUAUAGGGCUAGGAAAAAGGACUUUCAUAUGGUGUUUAUUGACCUUGAGAAGGCGUGUGAUAGGGUGCCAAGGGAGGUCUUAUGGAGGUGUCUUGAGGCGAGAGGAGUUCCCAUCGUGUACACUCGCGCGAUCAAGGAUAUGUACGAUGGGGCUAUGACCAAGGUAAGGACUUCCGGGGGCGACUCAGAUUCCUUCUCGGUAGGGAUGGGGUUGCACCAGGGGUCUGCCCUUAGCCCUUUUUUGUUCGCCUUGGUGAUGGACGUCCUAACUCAAGGUGUUCAAGACGAGGUCCCAUGGUGCAUGCUUUUCGCGGACGAUAUUGUGCUUAUCGACGACACACGUGAGGGACUAAACGAUAAGUUGGAAUUAUGGCACCUUGCCCUUGAGACUAAAGGAUUCAGAAUAAGUAGGAACAAGAUUGAAUACAUGGAAUGUCGUUUCAGCAGCCGGGAUACAGAAUCAGAGGUGGAAGUCAGGAUUGACUCUCACCUAGUACCUAAGGUAGACAGGUUUCGAUAUCUUGGCUCGGUAAUCCAGGCGGAUGGGGAGUUAGAUGCGGAUGUUGGACAUCAGGUGGAGCCGGGGGUCUCUUGGAAACAGCCUCCUUACUUCCGAGUAGGGGCAAGCAAUAACCCUGUUCAUCGGCGCCGCCGGCGGAGAAUGGCCAAGUACGGCGAAGGCGACAAGCGUUGGAUCGUGGAGGAACACGCCAAGGGAUCCAGGGUGUUACAUUUUGAGGAGCAAUGGCCAAGGGAGACGGCCAACAUUAGACAGAACGCCUCAAAGAUGGCUGAUACUGCAAAGUAUGCUCCCAUUAAUGGCGGAAAUCUGCUCUCCGAACUUAAACCGCAUUUCUCUCUAAUCAAAGCCCAGAGAACCAAGGUUUGCGCCUUCGGAUUCGUCUUCGUCUUCAUUGCUUUCACUAUUUUCCUGGCUUUCAGCCCUUCCCCCAACUCCUCUUCUCCCUGGUUCACCAACAUAUUCUCUUUAACUGGAAGCACCGACGGCGGCGGCGGGACUCUGCCUGCGCCGCCUUCCUCCGAUGACUCUUCCAGAUCUCAGUUCUCUUCUAUUUUCUCCUACUUUUUCCCGAAUUCCUCCGUCCAAACUCAAAACCUUACUUCUCCUCCUCCGUAUAAUCUCCCAGCAUCUCAGAAGAACAGUUCCGGAGUGCUCGAUGUCAGUACAGAUCCAGAAAUCGCGAGAAAUCAGACGCGCUCUAAUACUGAUACUGAUAGUGCUCAAGUUAUGAAGCCGUCGAAUCAGAGCGCGGUUUUGAACGCAACUGCUUCUUCUAGGUUGAACAACGAGUCAUCAACUGUAAGCAAUCUCCCUCGGAGUGGAGUGUCCGAUGAUGGUAAAGUUGGAGUGUUGAACUCAAAUCGGACUACUGCAACGGACGAGGGUGAAAAAUCUCCGGCGAAUCAGACUGUCGGUUCGCCGCCUAAGUCCAGUUCCGAGGGAGGGAAGGAGAAUUUGGAGAAGCAACACAGCAACAAUACCGGAAACAAAACGGAAAAUUCCAGUGUGUCGGUGGCACAGGGGAGUGAGGAUUUGAUGAAAUCACUGUCCAGUUGUGAUUUCUUUGAUGGGAAUUGGGUCAUGGAUGAAUCUUACCCAUUGUACAAGCCUGGUUCUUGUUCUCUCAUUGACGAGCAAUUCAACUGCUUCAUCAAUGGCAGACCUGAUAAAAAUUACCAGAAAUAUAGAUGGAAACCCAAAGCUUGUACUCUUCCAAGAUUGAAUGCCACUCAUAUGCUGGAGAUGUUGAGAGGGAAGCGAUUGGUGUUUGUUGGUGAUUCUCUGAAUAGGAAUAUGUGGGAAUCUCUUGUCUGCAUUCUUAGAAACUCUGUAAAUAAUCAGACCAAAGUUUAUGAAGAAUCUGGCAAACAAUACUUUCGUGGAGAAGCUUCCUACUCUUUUGUGUUUGAAGAGUAUAAGUUUAAAGUGGAAUUCUUUGUAUCUCCAUUCUUGGUUCAAGAAUGGGAAAUAACAGAUGAAAGUGGAAAGAAAAAGGAAACACUCCGACUUGAUUUAGUGGGGCAUUCUGCUGACAAAUACGAAAAUGCAGACAUCUUGGUAUUCAACACGGGCCACUGGUGGACGCACGAGAAGACUUCUAAAGGGGAGGAUUAUUACCAAGAAGGCAGUCAUGUGUACCAUGAACUAAAUGUUCUUGAGGCUUUCCGGAAGGCUUUAACGACAUGGGCAAGAUGGGUAGAUGCCCAUAUAAAUCCUGCAAAAACCCUUGUUCUCUUCAGAGGCUAUUCUGCAUCUCAUUUCAGCGGCGGGCAGUGGAAUUCGGGCGGGGCAUGCGACCAUGAAACUGACCCAAUAAAGAAUGAGACAUACCUAACACCAUACCCUCCCAAGAUGGAAGUGUUGGAGAGAGUACUGAAAGGGAUGAAGACUCAUGUCUCAUACCUUAAUGUCACGAGAAUGACAGAUUUCCGGAAGGACGGCCACCCAUCAAUGUACCGGAAACAACAUUUGUCCGACGAGGAACGAAGAUCCCCAUUGAGUUACCAAGAUUGCAGCCAUUGGUGCCUCCCUGGGGUGCCUGAUAUCUGGAAUGAAAUCCUUUACGCAGAACUCCUUGUAAACCAAUACCAGAAACAACACCAAUCCAAACCUUAGGUAAAGUGGUUGACACACACAAGACAGGCCUGAGAUUUUUUUUCAAUACAUGCCUACAGUUUACAGGUAAAAAUGUGUAUUCAUCUAAAUCCCGUUUUUUCGUUUAGUUUCCACUUACCAAUUCCCAGUCCCUGCACAUGAAAGAUAGAAGUCAUAAAACACCCAGAGAAAAUUCAAGAAAGGGUACUUCCAUGUCAUGAUUUAUUUGGGAGAGCGAGAUUUAAGUGUUUGGAGAUUACUUUUAUUUCCAACACUUAAAAAUCUCCAGUUUUCACGGGCAUUGUUGUUUGUGCAUUUUGUGUGACGAAAAAUUCUGGGUCCACUAAAUGCACAAAUGACAAUGCUUCAGUGGUCACUGUGACUUUCUUUUCCCUUCAAAACCCGGAUAGAAAAUCAAUCCCGUGCGGGUUCGAUCCAUUUCCGAUUCGUGUUUAAUGAAUUAUGGCAUGGGAUGUACUCUAUUUUGUAAUUCUGAUAUCACACAUCUCUGGUUGAUGUUGUAAAUUCUUCCUAUUGUAACAGUCAUACUUUUGAAUGAAUGCUUUAUGUGAAC